UGGAGAUCGAUACGAGAUAUUAUCCAACAUAAUACCAUCUUAUUCAGUGUGGGAGGCAGCUACACGAACACAAUGAAUGGAUUAUAACAACAGGAGUAAUACCAACGGGGGGUCGUGAAGCGUGAUCUAGUAGUAAUUUCAACGCAUUAAAUUCGGCGAACAACAUUCAACAUGAUACAUGGACUUGUGAUAAGAAAAUGAUAAAUACCAUGAAUACUGAAGCACGGGCAGAAAUCGAAGUUUAAGAACAAGUUGGAAUAUAUCGAUAUUAGAAGUUGUGAUGACGUCUUGUGAUUUCUUUUCGUUGACCAUUGACGGACAGCCUCAUCUUUUUUCGAGCUGGUUGAAAGAAAGUCACCGGACCCGCCGUCGUGCUCACCAUGGAUACAUGUUACAAGUCCAAUGAAAGGUGAAGCUCAUGACACAAUGCUGAUAUGUGAAUACGUCGAUGAUGUUAGAUCCCUUGAGGAUGAGAACGGUUCGAUGUCUAGUACCCCAAAAUGCAACUUCAGAUGAUGCCUGCCGCUUCGGGCUUAUCAAGUUCUGGAUCGGACAGCAGUAGUAGCAGCAUCAAGAUGACGUUAGGGUCGCCAUCAUCACCAAGUAAACUCAGAGGUACCUUCACACUCUCGUCGGCCACUGUAGAUCCUCUCACGAACUUCGACUCGUGGCCUACGACCACAGGGUUCACCUCGAAGGCGAUCACAGAGCCGCGACCAGGAGUUGGACGCGGUCGUCUCCCGUCGAUUGGCGAGUUGAACCCGGCCUCGAAACUAGUUUUCCCCGCUCAACAGAGUUUCAUGCAGAUGUUCACUACCCCUGGAACAGAUGGAAGUAUUUACUCGAAAAGGAAGAACCUUUAUGCGGGCUACCAUCAACAGGCUCAAGGUAGACCGGUCAAAGACCGCAUCAUCAAGCAUAACCAACCGGAAGUGCAGAAUAAGUCUCGUGUAGAACCGUUACCCGAAGAAACUGAUAUAACCAACGCACCAAAAUCUUUCCUGCAGGGAAGUGGAUUGCUAGAACCUAGUAAAAAUGUAUGGACGGCACCAUCGGAAAUGACCAAAGGUCCUAAACAUGUUGCAUUGUUUCCAACGAGAUCACCGCCAUCAAAGUUGACCGCUCAACGAGAAACGGUGACCAUUGACGGAAAGAUCCGUCGAGUCCGGUUUCUCAGCGCCGACCACACCCCUCUCAGGGAAGAUCCAGAGUUCAAAAAGCUUUUGGGAAACACAAAGACAGUGAGCGAGAGCAACCGGAAAACUGCACCAGACACUAAGACAAAACCUACAGAGGACAAGAAAAUUAAUCUGAGAUCUGUGACCGUAUCAAGGACAAGAAAAGCGAGUCUUGAUGGGGGCGAGGGAAGUAAGAUACUUCGACCUACCCCAAAGCUUGACUCGAAGCAGGAAUCACCAGAUGUGUGGUUAGAAAGAGCCAGAAAACUUCGUGCUUCGAAAGACAAAAAUGCCAAAAAGACAGAGGGUACCGGCAAGCAAUCCGAAUCCAUGAAGUUCCAUGAGGAAGAGAAUAAUAUGGACAUUGAUGAUGAUAAGACGUUGUGUAAUGAAAUUAAACAUGUUAAUUAUUGUGAUGAGAAGAAAACAAGAUGGGUUGUAAGGUGGCUGGAGGAGGUUAAUAAACAAAGUCAUUUUGAUAUUAUUGAGUAGGCUGGGCAAUACCGCAUAGUCACUCUCACCCCUCUGACUCAUGUUCUUACUUUGAGCUUGACAUUCCUGAUGUAAAUCUCGACGGUUCUGUCGGUUCAUGACAUUUGCUCUGGGGGACAAUAUUAUUGCUCCGAUGGAAAGUCGGCGCGAUAAGAUAAACACAAAAACCUAACCUCCAAAACCUUAUCUUUACAUUAUUCUGUCUAUUUCAAUCCUAACUCUAUAACCCUAUGCCCUCUGAGAUAUUAAGACCGGAGUAAUGGUCGCAUGAGCAAAUGUCGUGUCGCCACAAAGGUUCAAGCACUUUGGUCUGAUACGUUAUCAGACUUGUUAUUUAUCGAUGAAUUCCUUAUCUGCUGUCAAUGGUCAUAUUAUUUUGAUGAGUAGGAAUAUGUCAUUAAAUAUCAAUGCCCUUUGCAAAAACAUUGAAAAAUUUCCAUAUUGCAUAAUAUACAUGUAUGUUUUUAAGGAGAAUCUA